GUCCUCCUCCUCUUUCUCUCUUCUCUCCGCCCUCGUCAUCCUCUCCCUCCUCCCGCUCCUCUCCUCCGCCGGCCGCCCCUGCAAGACCCUCUUCAUUUCCUACUACACCACCACCAUCACCACCUCGGCCGCCACGUCACCCCUCUCCGACCGCCACGCGGCCACCUCAGGACGCGAUCGACACCUUCAUCAGCAUCACGGGCGCUUCUGAGGCCGUCGCCGUACGGAUGCUCGAGGUAUGACUGCGGAAUGUUCAUGCUCAAAUAUAUAGACUUUUACAGCAGAGGUUUAGAUCUUACAUUUGGGCAGUGAAAUGUGGUGCACCUGGACCAAAAGACAAUCGCUCUAUAUCAUACGCUCACAGUUUUAUGCAAAUCGAUUUUGGACUAACCAGAGUUGCAGACGAAAGGUCAAUCUUACUCAUUUAGUCGAUCUUUUAAAGAAAACAACUAGCAUAUAACUGGACGAAAUGGGUGAAGGCGGAGAAAAUGGGAGAGCAAAGAAAACCGUGUUUGUGACGGUUGGAACCACAUGUUUUGAUGCUCUUGUUAAAGCAGUAGACUCCGGCGAAGUAAAAGAGGUGUUAUUUCGAAAAGGCUACACCGACCUUCUGAUUCAAAUGGGUCGGGGAUCUUAUUUUCCCUCGAAGAUUUCAGGAGAUGAUGGAUCUCUUUCUGUAGAUCACUUCACUUUCUCACCAAGUAUUGCUGACUACAUGAAGUCUGCUUCUUUAAUCAUCAGUCAUGCAGGUUCAGGGAGCAUAUUUGAAAGCCUACGGGUGGGUAAACCCCUCAUCGUAGUUGUCAACGAGGACUUGAUGGAUAACCAUCAGAGCGAACUAGCUGAAGAAUUCGAACUAGCUGAAGAAUUGGCAGAGAGAAAGCAUUUAUUUUGCGCUCGUCCUCAAACCCUUCAUCAAACCAUUGAAACCAUGGAUUUGGAGUCUCUUCUUCCUUAUCCACCAGGGGAUGCAAUGCCUGUUGUUAAGCUUAUCAAUGAGUUCCUCGGCUUUCCAUCUGAAUGAUUCUUACUUGGACAUAUAAUUUUUUUCUGUUUACAUGUUUUGGUGGACAUUGAUCAAUACUUGUUUUUUUUUUUUAAGAUGGUGGUGUUUAUACUUUAUUCUGUUGUCAUGUUGCUGAAUAAUUUCUUUUUGUCCUUUACCCUUUUUGUCUUUGUAUUUAUGGAUGUAUUGUUUUAUAUUGGAGCUAUGGGUGCACUCACUAUCAUCUCAUUAAUGAAAGGGGAUGGGUUUGUGUGAA